AAUUUCAAUCUUUAUCCUUUAAUAAUUCAAAUUUACUGCUUACACAGAAUAACAAUGGCAUCUCAAAUUUCAGAGUCCGAUCUCCUUCACAAACUCGACAUUUUCAAGAUCCAAGGCAAAGAUAAACGCGGCCACAAGAUUCUUCGCAUUACCGGAAAGUCCUUCCCCGCUCGGUUUUUGAGCGUUGAUGUUUUGAAAGAGUAUUUAGAUGAGUAUAUAUUUCCAAGGCUUUCAAAGAAGCCGUUUUCGGUGUUGUACAUGCAUACCGGAGUUCAAAGGACCGACAACUUUCCGGGAAUCUCAGCCCUCCGAUCAAUCUAUGAUGCUAUUCCGGUCACCGUCAAAGAUAAUCUCCAAUCCGUUUAUUUUCUGCACCCUGGCCUCCAGUCUCGGCUCUUCCUUGCCACUUUCGGCCGCCUUUUCUUUGGCGACGGGUUGUACGGGAAAUUGAGAUACCUUAGCAGGGUGGAUUACCUGUGGGAGCACAUAAGGAGAAACGAGAUUGAGGUCCCUGAUUUCGUGUAUGAUCACGAUGAAGAUAUGGAGUACCGUCCGAUGAUGAUGGAGUACGGUUGGGAUAGUGAUGAUCCUCACCCUAGGGUGUACGCCGCACCGGCAGUCGCCGUUGAUUCACCUUCUGCUUCUAUCUACUCCAUGAGAUGCAUCUCAUAGAGACAAAUUGUAAUUAAUUAUAAAUUAGCAGGCAUAUGAUAUGAUAAGCUCCUUUUUUUGCAACUUUAGUUCAUUAUUAUUAGAUUAUUACAUCAAACAUAAGAAUUUCGAUACGAUUCCGGCUAAACAACGCCGAUACCAAAGAUAGGGUUGAAGGAAGCAUCGCGGUUCUAUUUAAUGGCAUUUGCUAUUGAGAAGAUCUCACCAUCGAAGCUCGAAGACGAACCUUCAAACAUGAGAUUGUUACCAACCUUCCAUUGAUGCCAUUGCCAACAGAGAGAUAUGUAAAUAGUAAAACAUUUCAUAUCGUAUACUUUUUUUGUAAGAGACACAAAUAGAGUUGAGCAAAAUUCAAUUCGAAAAAUGAGUUAAUUUGAAUAA